AUGGCACAAAACGUCCUCCUCGAGACCUCCAUGGGCUCCAUCGUCAUCGAAUUAUACACCGAACACGCGCCGAAGACCUGCACAAACUUCAGCACCCUCGCAAGUCGCAACUACUACAAUGGCACAAUCUUCCACCGCAUCAUUUCGGACUUCAUGAUUCAAGGCGGCGAUCCGUCCGGCACAGGACGCGGCGGCAGCAGCAUCUUCGGCGAGAAAUUUGAAGACGAGAUCAGGUCGGAUUUGAAGCAUACUGGCGCGGGAAUUCUGUCCAUGGCCAACAGUGGUCCGAAUACGAAUGGCUCACAGUUUUUCAUUACGCUCGCGCCGACGCCCUGGUUGGAUGGGAAGCAUACAAUUUUUGGGCGGGUCAAGAGUGGGAUGAGGAUUGUACAGCGCAUGGGACUGGUCAAGACGGGUGCUGAGGAUAGGCCAGAAGAGGAGCUCAAGAUCGUGAGCGCGAGGAUUCUGCAGGGUGAGGACGAUUUGUGA